GAGAGAAAAGGGACUAUUUUUCUUGGUGCGCCUCCGCCUCGAUCCCAUCGCCGCUUCCUCCUCGAUCUCGCCGCCGCCCGCCAUGGCGAAGGCGAAGCCCUCGUCCUCGUCGUCGAAGCAGCCGCAGCAGCAGAACGGCGGCCACGCGGUGCCGUCGAAGCUGGCGCGGUACCUGGACCCGGAGGCGUCGUGGGACAAGGACCAGCUGCUGGACGCGGUGCACUGGAUCCGGCAGGCGGUGGGGCUCGCCUGCGGCCUCCUCUGGGGCUCCCUGCCCCUCGUCGGCGGCAUCUGGAUCGCCCUAUUCUUGGCUAUUUCUACCGGUAUAGUUUACUGGUACUAUGCGUACGUACUGAAGAUCGACGAGGAGGAAUUCGGAGGCCACGGCGCCCUGCUUCAGGAGGGGAUGUUUGCUUCGUUCACACUUUUCCUGCUCUCAUGGAUUCUUGUAUACAGUUUGGCUCACUUCUGAGAAGAAGCUCAUUCGUUGAACAUACCAUGGGACAACUGCCCACCAGACCGGUCAGAAGGAAUUUCGCCACAAACCAUGUAAAUUAAAGAGCCUUAGGGCUGCACUGUAUUAAACCUGUCCAGGCAGUAGUACCGCUGUUUCUGAAUCCCAGUGUAAUUUUGUUAAUUAUGGUUAGUUCAAUUCAGCAUGGGCUAGACCGCUGUUCAAUA